AUGGAAGGGCCACGCGUGAUCGUCCUCGCCUACCCGCUUCCAAAUCGUGUACAGUGCCCUCGCUGUUACAAAGGCGGGGACGAUUACGAACGCACGCGAGGGGAGUUCUGCGAUCCGGCUCACCUAGUCAAACACUUAAAUAAAAUGCACCCGGGGGACACGGUCGCGUAUGAGUGCUCGGUGUGCCGGUACCGGGGUAAAUCCCGGUACCCGAAGAAAGACGUGGCAGCGCACUACGACCGCCUGCACUCGGUCCCCCGGACAGAGCCGGCGCGAACUUCCGGCACGGGAACGCCUCCGGUGCAGUCGCCCGCGCGCGGCAGGUGUGCCACCGAGGGCACAGGUGCGCGGGCGGGGGGGACGCGCGCGCUGAGACAGCUGACGCUGGCGGGCGCGCUGUCGACGAGCCGGGGCCGCGUUGCGCGGCCACCUGGGCGCCCCACGGCCUCCCCAACGCCAUCGCCACCGCCACCCAUCACCACCAGGGCCGGAUCCCCCUCAUUCGCGGCCGUUACCGCGGCUUCAAGAAUCAGCCCCUUGACAGCCGGGGCACGCGGUACGGUUGCCACGGGGAGCACCGCACUGCGCAGCAGCAACAGCAGUAGCAGCAGAACAUCAGCAGCAGGAGCAGCCGCCGCGAGGACGCGGACUCCUCCUGGCCAAGUGCCAGCCUCCAAUGGUCCGCUGGCCAGGUCGACGCGCGCUCCUCUCCGCCCAACGCCAUCACCACCGGCAUACACCGAGGAGACGGCGGAGAGGAAUAGGCGAAUUUUGAGCCUAAGGCGCAAGUUGCCCGCCGCUCCACCACCACCUGCGGCUUCCGGCACUGAGGCCGGAGCCACGCGGCGGGCAACGCGCGCGUCGACCUCGAUGCCGAGGGAGAUUCCCACCAGGCCGGUGCGCAACUCCCCCCCUCCCCCGUCAACCCAGGCGACGGGGGGACCGUCCACCAGUAGGGGGGGAGAGAAUAGAAGAAUGACGCGUUCCACAAGCGUACCGGCCGUGAAGACGGGAACACGUCAGCGGACCACGCCGCCCCGACUAUCACCUAUCGGGGAAGCACCACCCUCCCGCCGGGUCGCCACGAGGAGCCAGGCGAAGAGACCCGGCGGGCAGCAGGAGAGAACACCGCCGCAGCCUAGGGUGGUGCUAAGGAGGCUGAGCACGCCGACGUCGCAACAGGGGGGCGUAUCACCGAGGACGGUGUCGACGCAAACGCCCCCCUCGGCAGGCCAGACUUCCCCCAUUACAGCUUCGUGGGAGGUCCUGGCCUUGCCCGCAACACCACCGAGCGUCGUUGCGACGUCGGCCGUAUUAACAUCAAAUACCACGACGACGGUGACGACAACGGUGUGCCGCAGCCCCAUUAUGUCAACGGGGCUGCCCACACCGCCGGGGGGAACGUCGCCCCCCCCGCAGAGGACAUCGCAGAGCCCUCAGUCCACCGGAGGGCUCUCUCCCGUCGUCGUGGAGGCUAGGAGGAGUCCUUUUACACCAACCACGAUGCCAGCAAGGGCCAUCGAGCGGCGGCCGGAAAACGCCAGAGUGGUGCUCCUCUCUUCGGACAGCGAGGGGGAGGAGAUGGGAGGCCCGUGGAGGACG